AACUCUUUUGGCAACACGAACAUUUCGAGAGCUGAGUUGUCAUUUUGCUAAAUGGAAAUUAUUAAUUUUCCAAGGAAAAGUAUUGAAGAAAAUUAGGAAAAUAGGUGGUGUUUCGUGCGAGAAAUCUUAGCAGUGAAAAGUUGGAAAUAAUCUGCCGAAAUUUGAUUUGAAGCUUAAUAACAAUUAGUAACGACAAACAAAAAUUCGCAAACUUGAAAGGGAGGAGACGGUGAUUGUCGUUCUCGAACUUUGAAACCCAAUUGUAAAAUUAUAAGGAUUCGUAUAGUUCGGUGCUAAAUAAGAUAUCGUGUGUGGUGUCGGAGUUUCUAUGUGUUAAUAUAUCAACUAUAAAAUAAUGUCAUUUGCAAAUAAUAAUUAUGGUCCACCACCGGCCAUGGGGCAGUUUAAUGUGGUCAAUGGUAUGCCUCCGGUAGGUACCAAUCAAAUGGGUAUGCCACAGCAGCCACAGCCACAACAACAACAGCAACAACAACAACAGAUGUCACAACAACAACAGCACGUGCCACCAAAACAACCACAACAAUUUCCAAGUAUGCCGUUAGGGGCAGCGUUAAAUGCUAAUAUGAGCAAAUUUAUGCCGCCGUCAAUGGCAUCAACACCUUCGAACACUUUGCCCGGAAAUUAUGUACCAUCGGCAAUCGCGAAUGGUGCUCAAAGACCUGCGUUGAGUCAACCACCUCUAGCAAGUAAUUUACCACCUCAUAUGAGAACGCCCGGCGCGAUUAAUGGCCCUUCCGUUGGACCAAGUGCAAUACCAAAUGGAAGUAGUAGCAACAAUACUGCAAGUUCUUCGAGAACAGCUUCUCCAUCAAUUCAGUUGGCACAGCAGCAGCAACAGCAACUACACCAGCAGCAUACUCCAUCUACCCAAACACCGUCAUCCACUCCAGCUGUUCCUUCCUCAGCCAUAAACACUUUAAGCGGUAGCAUUCAAAAUUUAAACAUUAAUCGUAUUAAUGGCUCUAUGCCGCCACCACCGUCUACGUCGUCAUUGACAUCCCAAUCAAUGCAAACAUCGCAGAAACUAACACCUGCACCCAUUCAACCACAGCCUCUUGUAAAUAGUUUUCAGAAUAAUUUCAAAACAACUGCAUUAAAUUCACAGAACGUCCCGAAUGUGGCUAACCCAAAUCAGGGUACUCCUGGAAUUCCGAACAAUCGUCCUCCCCAGCCACAACAGAUGGUGAAUCAGCAAAGGCCUCCGAUAAGUGCGUACAGUUCUCAAAUACCUCCGGCCAUGUCGAAUCAGCAAAAUCCUUCACAAAAUGCGAAUUAUCCUACCGCCAAUAUGGGCGGCCAAUCCGUUGCUGGAACAUAUGCCCCACCUUCUAUGAACAGUACAAUGCAUCAGAAUCAACUGAAUAAUAACCAACAACAGGUACAAGCUAGCACUGGCCAACCUCAGAUGGGACAACGAAAGCCAAUGUAUCCUGCAAAUCAACAACUGCCUCCCAUGAUGCAGCAACAAUCUCAACCCCAACAACAGCCGUAUUCCGCAGCAUAUAAUUAUCCUCCACAGCAAAUGAGUGCUGCCAACCAACAAGCAGCUGGCACAUUCAAUGGCCAACCAAAUAGUGGUCCUUUGCAAUAUCAAAACCAAAGCCAGGCCUAUCAGCAGCAUUAUCCGGCGGGCAGCAUCGUCCAACAGGGAUUUAACCGUUUGUGGGGUCAAGACACAAUUGAUCUCAUGCAAAAUCGGCAUAUUUUGUCUCCUGCUACGUUGGUACCGCCAAAAAUCGUUUUGCAUAAUCAAUUUCAUGAAUCUAUCAAUUGCAAUCCAAAUAUAAUGCGAUGUACGCUAGCAAAGAUUCCCGAAAGCAAUUCUUUGCUACAAAAGUCACGUUUGCCUUUGGGAAUUGUUAUUCAUCCAUUCCGUGAUAUAAAUAGCUUGCCGGUUAUCCAAUGUCCAAAUAUAGUUCGUUGUCGCUUGUGUCGUACGUAUAUAAAUCCAUUUGUUUAUUUUGUGGACAGCAAAAUGUGGAAGUGCAAUUUGUGUUACAGAGUCAAUGAGUUGCCUGAAGACUUCCAAUUUGAUCCUGCUACAAAAACGUAUGGUGAUGUAACUCGUCGGCCAGAAGUUCGUUCGAGUACAAUUGAAUUUAUAGCGCCUUCGGAAUAUAUGCUACGUCCACCACAACCUGCAAUAUAUUUAUUCUUGUUCGAUGUCUCUAUAAUUGCCCAACAAUGUGGGUACUUGGAAAAUGUGUGCGCGAUGUUAACAAAACAUUUGGAUGAUAUGCCUGGAGAUGCUCGCACUCAGGUUGGCUUCAUUGCAUACAAUAGUAAUGUGCAUUUUUAUAGCAUGGCAGACGGUUACAAUCAACCGCACGAGAUGACUUUGUUGGACAUUGAUGAUCCAUUUUUACCACGCCCCGACAACUUGUUGGUUAAUUUGAAGGAAUGUAAAGAACUCGUUAAAGAUUUGCUAAAUCAAUUGCCAAAUCGCUUUGCUGAGACACACGAUCCGGGUUCGACUCUUGGCGCCGCCUUGCAAGUUGCUUUUAAAUUAAUGCAAGCUUCAGGUGGACGCAUUACAGUGUUCCAAACGUGCCUUCCCAACAAAGGUCCCGGUAGUUUAGAGCCUCGCGAAGAUCCCAAUAAUCGGUCGGCCAAAGAUGUUGCCCAUCUCAAUCCAGCCACGGAUUUCUACAAGCGAUAUGCGUUGGAGUGUUCAGGCUACCAAAUUGCCGUCGAUCUUUUCCUAUUAAAUCAACAAUAUAGCGAUAUGGCCACAAUUUCUGGCAUAAGUAAACAUAGCGGUGGUUGUGUCCAUCAUUUUCCACUGUACCAAAAGACUAAAGCACACCUUGUAGAUUCGUUAAAACAUUGCUUUAAACGUUAUUUGGUGCGCAAAAUUGGAUUCGAAGCCGUUAUGCGUAUUCGGUGUACAAGAGGGCUGCAGGUGCAUACAUUCCAUGGCAAUUUCUUUGUGCGUUCUACAGAUUUAUUAUCGUUGCCAAAUGUUAAUCCCGAUGCCGGCUAUGGCAUGCAGAUUUCCUAUGAAGAAAGUCUUACGGACGUUAAAACCAUAUGCUUCCAAGCAGCUUUGCUCUAUACGAACAGUGAAGGCGAACGUCGCAUUCGAGUGCAUACUAUGUGUUUGCCCGUCACAGCCUCAUUACCCGAAGUGAUGCAUGCGGCCGACACUGAAGCAAUAAUUGGUUUACUUUCCAAAAUGGCUGUUGAUCGGUCAAUAACGUCAAACAUAUCCGAUGCCCGGGAAGCAUUCAUUAAUGCGACUGUUGACAUAUUGAACGCCUUCAAAAUUGCACAAAAUUUACCCUCUGGUCAGUCGGGUCAACUGAUAGCUCCACGUAGUUUGGCUUUAAUGCCCCUUUAUAUUUUGGCCUUAUUGAAGCAUCCUGCCUUCCGUGUUGGUACAAGUACACGUCUUGAUGACCGUGUAUAUGCUAUGGACUGCAUGAAAACAUUACCUUUAGACCAAUUGUUAAAAUUCAUAUAUCCCGAAUUUUACAACAUAGAUAUCAUAUUUUACAACAACCAGAACGCAAACGUUAAUACUGGAGCCGAAGUGGAUGACGACGACGACGAUUUGCCAGACGUUCUGCGCUUGCAACUAUCAGCCGAACACUUGGAUUCACGCUCAAUAUUCUUGAUGGACUGUGGUACAUUGAUCAUGAUAUAUGUUGGCCUUAAUGUACCAGUAAAUAUCUUAGAAAAUGUAUUUGGUAUCAAAUCAACAGCCGAAUUGCCCGACUAUUACUAUGGAUUGCCAAAUGUAAAUAGUUUAGAGAAUGAUGCUCUCAAACGUUUUAUAAUGAAAUUGAACGAUGAAAAACCAUACCCUCCCAUUGUACAGAUCAUAAGGGAUACAAGUACAGCCAAACCACAACUAAUCGAGAAAUUAGUUGACGAUAGAAGUGAAUCUAGUUUGUCAUAUUAUGAAUUUUUGCAACACAUACGGACUCAGGUUAAAUAGUAAUUUAGAAUAAUCGGUAAAGUUGAAAAUAAAUAAUAGUUACUGAUAAUUAUUCGCGAAGCAAAUAACAUCAUCUUGGAUGAGAAUAUGCUGAUUUUAGUCAUACGUGUUAUGCAUGAUAAAAUGGGCAACAUUGCGUUCUCGCGCAGUAAACCAUCGUUAGCAAACCGAUUAUAAGGUAAACCAAUUCCAAAUUCAAACAAAUUGCAUUGAGAUUACGGUACUACUUCAAAGUUCCCAAUUACUAAACUUUAUUUAGUUUGUUUAUUUGUAUUCACCUGCUGAAUAUAAAUACUACCGAUUUAUUUUAAAUCUCAACUAGUGAGAAAACUGCAUUGUGAAAGUGUAUUACGGAAGAGAAUGAGUUAAUGAACGGAAUGAACGGAAGAGAGAGAGAGAGAGCGAGAGAGCAGGGUCCCAUUUGCAACUGCGCCACUAGAAUUUUGCAAUUUUAAUGUAAAAUCACAAUCUAUGUACCAUUUCAAUAAUAAGCCCUAUAUUGUGCGGUAUUAUCACAUUUAGUUA